CAUCAGCAAAAACGAAUGGUGCUGCGUGAUUGCCAUUUUCCCAUCAUCGGUGCUGAAGAAAUUCUUCAACUAUUUCAUAGCAUAAAAUCUUGCUUGCUUGCUUCGAUUACUGAUCUCGAAACCCGAACAAAGAUGAAUUCUGUUUUAAACAGUUGCAGAGGUACAAUUUCAAGCUCCAAACUCCACAACACAUGCAUUCAUGGUAAAUCCAAGGUUCCUACCGGAACACUAAACCUAUCGUCUGUGGAUCAAAAUCUUCGCCGGAGCAACAGUUUUGAAGUUUUGACGAUAGUAAGUGGCGUCGCAGCAGCAAAUUUGGUUGUGGCUAACGCAGCAGAGGCUGUAAGUAUGGAGAAUAUUAUGGAAGGAGCUGCAUCUGUUUAUACUUUAGCAGAUGGAAGUGUUGGAGAUUGGUUUGGAGGCUUCCUAUAUUCAGCUGGACAACAGGCUAAUGAAGCUGUUCAGGACCAGCUAUCAGCUCUCAGUUUUACGAGCUUGGCUGUUAUAUUUGGCGCGGGGCUUGUAACUAGCCUUUCUCCUUGUACACUGAGUGUUUUACCGCUGACCCUUGGUUAUAUUGGAGCUUUUGGCUCAGGGAAAAGCAAAACAGAGGUCAUUGGGAACUCGGUUGCAUUUUCAUUGGGAUUGGCUACUACGCUGGCAAUCCUUGGUAUAUCAGCAUCAUUUGCUGGAAAGGCGUAUGGACAGAUAGGGCAGGGACUACCUGUGGUUGCUUCUGGUUUGGCCGUAAUUAUGGGUCUAAACCUCCUGGAGAUAAUUGAGUUACAGCUUCCUUCAUUUUUCAACAACUUUGAUCCUCGUGCUGCUGCUGCUAAUUUCCCUUCAGGUGUGCAAGCAUAUUUGGCUGGGCUUACAUUUGCAUUAGCCGCUUCACCUUGCAGCACUCCUGUGCUGGCAACCCUGCUUGGAUACGUAGCUGCAUCCAAGGAUCCAGUAAUAGGGGGCAGCUUACUGUUGACAUACACAACUGGCUAUGUUGCUCCUCUACUUCUAGCUGCUUCUUUUGCAGGAGCAUUGCAGAGCCUGCUUUCAUUCCGCAAAUUCUCAGCAUGGAUCAACCCAAUGAGUGGUGCUCUCCUCUUAGGCGGUGGUAUUUAUACUCUGUUGGACCGGCUUUUCCCAGUGACAAUGGCUUGACGACGCAAGAAUGGAAAACAUGCAAGUGUCCCUAAUUAUUACUUUGUAUCUGCUUCUCAUUGCUUAAGUAACUUGACAUUCAUGGGAAAGCAUGCUAAGACAAAAACGAAAAGGGUAGGGGUGAUAGAUAUGCUCAAAUCUUUGUGUUAAUGUUUGGGAUAUAUAUUGCUGCAUAGAAAUGACAUGUACAGAGAUGAAAGAUUUGUUAUUUGUGUACAAUACAAUGUAUAGGUUGAUAAAGUAGUUUAUUUUUUUUCCCCUGAAAAUAUGAAUUUGUAUACAGUACUUAUAGUGCGCUGAUCUUAUUCUUUGUCUAUCUACCUGAGAGCUCAGAUAUGGCUGAAUAUUA